ACACGGUGAUUUUUUUGAUGCAGAUUGCAGAAGGCAAGGCAGACAGCAAGGUUGAAGGAGUGAGACGAACAGGUCCUUCUGGUCGAAUCCGCGUCAAUUCCCUUUCCCAUUGGAGCGUGCGGAGGCGUGAGCCUCCUUGGUGAUUCCUCCUCCCACCAUCAUAUCACGCGUCACCCUCACGCACAGGCAUUUUCCCUGGCCGAAGAUGAUACCUGGCAAACGCCGAGCCGCAGCCAUGUCCCUCCCGGUGGCGAUAGUUGGAGCCCUAAUGCUGCAUACCGUCUCAUCGCAAAACGCCGGCUUUGUGAAAUCGCCGCUUUCUGAAACCAAGCUCACCGGCGACACAUUUGAGCUUUUCUGUGACGUGGUGGGAAACCCCACCCCUGAAAUCCAGUGGUGGUACUCAGAGAUCAACCGAGCUGAUUCCUUCAGGCAGCUGUGGGACGGCGCUCGCAAGCGGCGCGUGUCCAUCAGCACCAUCUAUGGCAUCAAUGUGGUUAGCGUGCUGGGUGUAUCUUAUCUCACACUGGACGAUAUCGGGACAUACGAGUGCAGAGCCAGUAACGACCCACGACGGAAUGACCUACACAUAAAUCCUGCCACCACCUGGGUCAGAGCGCAAGCUACCAUAACAGUAUUGCAGAAGCCGUCAAUCGCAGCCUCAGAGCACACUUCACUCCCCGUGGAAGGCCACAGUCCCCCUUUCACUCUGCAAUGCAACCUGACCAACAGUGACAAUGCCCUCCAGGAGAGCUACUGGAUGAAAAAUGGGGAGGAGAUUCCAGAAACGCGCAGUCCUAAUAGGAACACAGAGUACAGGCUUAAUAAACCCAGGGGAGAUGAUGCUGGCGUGUAUAUGUGUGUCUUCACAUUUGGAAUGUCUCCUGCCGCCAACACCACCAUUGAAGUUAAAGCUGCUCCUGAGAUUACGGGCCACAAGCGUAGCGAGAAUAAGAACGAAGGCCAGCAAGCGUUGCUUUAUUGUAAGUCUGUAGGCUACCCUCAUCCUGUGUGGACCUGGCGCAAACUUGAAAACGGCAUUUAUAGGGAAAUUGACAACUCAUCUGGGCGCUUCUCCAUCAGCAGCAAAGACAAUUACACUGAGCUUAGCAUCACCAAUCUGGACAUAAAUUUGGACCCGGGCGAGUACCAGUGCAACGCCACCAAUUUGAUCGGUAGCAGUGACGAAAGCUCCGUUCUGAGAGUCCGCAGCCAUUUGGCCCCCUUAUGGCCUCUUUUGGGGGUGUUGGCUGAGAUCAUCAUCCUGAUUGUCAUCAUCGUCGUUUAUGAGAAGCGGAAGAAGCCUGAGGAUUUACAAGACGAUGAUGACCCAGCAGGACCAGUGAAAACCAAUUCAACCAACAACCACAAAGACAAGAACCUACGCCAGAGGAAUACAAAUUGAGCCCCUGCUUGUCUGCAGAGUUACAUUACCCGUGUAUUGACCACAUUAAGGUAAACAGCUAUGGAAUCAAUGCCAGUUCUUUUUAGAAUGUGUCUGCCAGGUGUGGUUGUGGGGGAGUUGAAUGAGGCAUGCCUUAUAAUUUUAUUGUGUAAGAUGCUCUUAUUCAUUCAUAUCACGCCAAGAUUGUUAACAUAAGCCCUGUUACUGCAUGCAAACAGUGACGUGUGUGAUUUAUUUGCUUCCCCCCCUUAUUCGCUACUUGGACACUUUUACUAAUUCUAAUAAUUGCAUGCAAGAGUUGACCCUUUCUUUGAGACAGGAAUUUGUUCUGCAUUUUUUUCUGAGUGGCUUCAUGUAGAUAACCUAUAUUGUUCUACUAUUUCCAAAGAGAAAAACAGAAAAUGAUGCCAUCAUCAGUUAUGGCAGUUUUUUUUUUUUUAACAGUUUCAUCAUGCAGUUGCAUAGCAUUAUCCAAAAGUCAUCUUAAUAAUCAAUAUUCCAUUUCAAGGGCUUUGCAACGUCCCUCUAAAGGUUGAAAUUAUGUAUGUAUUGUAUUUAUCAAAUACCUAUUGCUAUGUAUUGAUAUGAAUAGUAUGCACUUCAAUGUUGUCAAUAACAGAACACUGUAUAAAUCUACUUUACGAACUCUGUAACAACCAUUCUAACAUUGUUUUGUCAUUGUACAGCAUGGCUUUACUCCUAUGCAACCAAAACCCAGAUCAGUUUAUUGAAAAACUAUUGGAGUUUUUGAUUUUGAUUUUUUUUCUGUGACAAAGCUUUGAACUUUAGGAUCCCCCAUAGAGCAUAGACUUUAUAGUACACCACUGCAUGUUUUCUGUAGUGCAGAUGGGACUGAACAGCCUGCCACACAAAUUCUCCAGUCAUUUUUCAGAAUAAACAUCUACAAACAACACA